AUGGGCAACUCAGAGUCAAAACCCGGUAUCGCUCCUCAAAUGUCCCCCGAAGGCCAACAAAAGGGCGUCCCUCCAGUCAUCCGUGCAACAUACCAAAACACCUGGUCAAAACUCGCCUGCUGGACCAGCGUCUCCCUUAACCUAGGCGAACCCGACGCUAAACCUACAUACUCCGUCAGUCUCCCCAAGGGCUGGUACGGAGACAUCAUUUUGCACAACGGACCCAGCACAGGAUCUGCACCUCUUGCAAGCGGGACGAGGGACCGUGUGUGCAGAAGCUCAGACUAUUCCAUCACACUACCACCACUACCCGGUUCCGACUUUGAUGGCGGUUUAGAGAUCCUGCGCCGUCCUUCUGGCAGAAAAGGAAGAUGGUGGUUCGGUAUUCAAGUCGGCCACGGCGCCGGACGACACGUUGAGCGAUUCGAAUGGCGUCGCUCUCACGGCAGCGAAGUCAAGAGUGUCGGCCAGUCAAGAUGGGGCUGGAAGCUCGUCCGGCUAGGAAGCAACAAGGAAGAGGACUACUCGAGCGACGAGGACAUUCCCGACGACAGAGACGGUUUCACCAGUGACGGAAAGGAAAUUGUCGCCGUGUGGGCGGGAAGCAGCUGCUGGAAGAUCUCGGGCGUGGGAGAGCUCCAGUUCAGAGGCAGUGGCCUCACUGGUGAGCUGGGAACGGCAUGGGCACUGAUGGUUGUCAUGAGCUGCAUGGCAAUCUGGCAAAAGACCAUGCGAGACAUGGCAACCGCGGGUGCCGCUAGCAGUGCCAGUUCAUCCUCUGCUGCUGCUGCGGCGGUAUAG